UGGAGGAGGCGGCGGCCCGGGUCCGUCGUCCCCCGCAGAAGCACCGACCGGAGGCGCCUCAGUCGGGUCCUGCUCCCGCUGAGCGGCUCCCGGGCAGCCGAGAGAAGGUGGAGGGCGAGGCAGCGGCUCGGCCAGGCGGGGCUGACGAGCCCGCGGCGGCGGCGGCGGCAGGAUGAAGUUCGCCGAGCACCUCUCCGCGCAUAUCACCCCGGAGUGGCGGAAGCAAUACAUUCAGUAUGAGGCUUUCAAAGAGAUGCUGUAUGCAGCUCAGGACCAGGCCCCUUCUAUAGAAGUCACAGAUGAAGACACGGUAAAGAGGUAUUUUGCCAAGUUUGAAGAGAAAUUUUUUCAAACCUGUGAGAAGGAACUUGCCAAAAUCAACACAUUUUAUUCAGAGAAGCUUGCAGAAGCACAGCGCAGGUUUGCUACACUACAGAAUGAAUUACAGUCGACUUUGGAUGCACAAAAAGAAACCAGUGGUCUUACUACUCUACGGCAGCGUAAAAAGCCUGUCUUCCAUCUGUCCCAUGAGGAGCGUGUUCAGCAUAGGAACAUCAAAGACCUAAAACUGGCCUUCAGUGAGUUCUACCUCAGCCUCAUCCUACUGCAGAACUAUCAGAAUCUAAACUUCACGGGAUUCCGUAAGAUCCUGAAGAAGCAUGACAAGAUCCUGGAGACACCCCGAGGUGCAGAUUGGAGAGUGGCUCACGUUGAAGUGGCACCAUUCUAUACUUGCAAGAAAAUCAAUCAGCUCAUCUCUGAAACGGAGACGGUGGUGACUAAUGAAUUGGAAGAUGGAGACCGACAAAAAGCUAUGAAACGGUUACGUGUCCCACCAUUGGGAGCAGCACAGCCUGCACCAGCAUGGACUACUUUCAGGGUUGGGUUAUUCUGUGGAAUAUUCAUUGUGCUGAAUGUUACCCUCAUACUUUCAGGUGUAUUUAAUAUGAAAGGAUUGGACGUGUGGCCACUCAUAAGAAUCUAUCGAGGUGGCUUUCUCCUGAUAGAAUUCCUCUUCCUCCUUGGCAUUAACACAUAUGGCUGGAGGCAAGCUGGAGUGAAUCAUGUCCUUAUAUUUGAACUCAACCCGCGCAGUAAUUUGUCCCACCAGCAUCUCUUUGAGAUUGCUGGAUUCCUUGGGACAUUGUGGUGCCUGAGCCUGCUGGCAUGUAUAUAUGGUCGAAACAUUGGUUUUCCUAUGCAGGCAAACCCACUUAUCUUGUAUGGAUUUAUGUUGCUGUUUCUCAUCAACCCUACAAAAACCUUAUACUACAAAUCUCGGUUUUGGCUGCUCAAACUCUUGUUUCGGGUGUUCACUGCCCCCUUCCAUAAGGUGGGCUUUGCAGAUUUCUGGUUGGCUGACCAGCUUAAUAGUCUUGCUGUGAUACUUAUGGACCUUGAAUACAUGAUUUGUUUCUAUAGCUUUGAGCUCCAGUGGACAGUCAAGGAUGCAUUGCUGGGAGAUCCAGGUGCUCAGAUCUGCAACUCCUAUGCCUAUGGCGUGCGAGCAGUUGUUCAGUGCAUUCCUGCUUGGUUGAGAUUUGUCCAGUGCCUGCGCCGAUACUGUGACACCAAACGGGCCUUUCCCCACCUGGUCAAUGCUGGCAAAUAUUCCACAACGUUCUUUAUGGUGACAUUUGCAGCCCUUUACAGCACUCACAAAGCUAAACAUCACAAUGACUAUCCAGUAUUCCUCUACCUGUGGAUCGUCUUCUAUUUCAUCAGUUCCUGCUACACCCUUAUCUGGGACUUGAAGAUGGACUGGGGCCUCUUUGAUAAGAAUGCUGGUGAAAAUACUUUCCUGCGGGAAGAGAUUGUCUACCCACAAAAAGCCUAUUACUAUUGUGCCAUUGUAGAGGAUGUGAUUCUGCGAUUUGCAUGGACUAUCCAGAUCUCUCUCACUACCAUGGAAAUUCACCAGUAUGCCGGGGACAUAAUCGCUACUGUAUUUGCACCACUUGAGGUUUUCCGACGGUUUGUGUGGAAUUUCUUCCGACUGGAGAAUGAGCACCUGAACAACUGUGGUGAGUUCCGAGCUGUCCGGGACAUCUCGGUGGCACCACUGAAUGCAGACGAUCAAACCCUGCUUGAACAGAUGAUGGACCAGGAAGAUGGUGUCCGAAACCGCCAGAAAAACCGAGCCUGGAAGCGUAGCCAGAGUGUGUCUUUGCACAGACCGCGUCUUGCUUCACAAUCCAAGUCUCGUGAUACCAAGGUGUUAAUAGAAGACACAGAUGAUGAAGCAAACACAUGAAAUGCCCACAGAACCAAGUUCCACGUUCCUUAUGUUCUCUUCUUUACUACCUUCCCUUCCUCCACCCCUAACCAAUCCAACCUCUGGUCUCGUUCCAGCUGAGAACAGGAGAAAAAUCUGAACACACUUUCUGAGCUCUUCCGGACCGGAUCCUAUGGACUCCAACAAGCUCACUGUGUUUUCUUUUCUUCUGGUUUUAAUUUGAUUUCUUGUUUUUAAAAUAAAAAUGUAACUUCGUUUUGCCAAUCAGAGGGAUACUUAAGGAAGGAACUGUCUUAAAGAUUGUUUACAAUCUCUACAAGGACAUAUAAUCUGGAUGAAGAAGCGUCAUCGGGACUCCCUAACGGGACUCUACCGAGAACUCACUCAGUCUCUGCUCAGUCCAGUUUUGACUGGUUGAAACUGGGCCUGCAUUUUUUAACUCUGGCUCGCGCUCUGGUUUCUGGUGUUUUCCUUCAUAUCCAGCGCCAAAGGCACUAGCUGCACUUGCCGGGAAAGUGCACUUAGAGCAGUACCUUCAUUCACGAAGCUACUUUUUAAUUUGAUGUAACUUUCUUAUAAUUUUUUUGGGAAAUACGAUGUAUUUGUUGCACAUAGUUUCCUCCUUAUUUAUGAUAGUUAACAACCAUAUGAGAAUGGUUUUGAGUCCUGUGCAAUGAAGGUGGUAACUCUCUUAAAACAAGGCAAGUGGUGGUACGGGGGAAGGGGAUGUAGAUCCUGAAUCUCUCUUGCUGCAUGGUUAAGCCCUUCCUGAUACCUCUUUGAGGAGAGAACUUGCACUGGUUUAACCUAGCUUUUUUUUUCUUUUCUUCUCUUUGAUUUAUUUUAAACCAAAGUUUCUCUAGUGGGUUUUACUUGCUGCUGCUGCUGCUGCUGGUGGUGGUUCCUCAGAAACCUGGGCGCCUUUUUUAGCCAGAUCAUCCUUAUGUGUGUGGCUGUGCAGAAAUAGUACAAAUAAUCUUCAGAUCAAGGAAGGUUAGUUAGACCUAAUCCUGUGCGGUUCUUCAGAUACCCAUGCCAAAAAAAAAUUCCUUUGUAGGUUAAAAACAGUUUUCAUUUUAUUGAGCUGAGUCUCUAGGACAUCACCCAAUUUUUAAAUAGGGAGCUCCUAUAUCGUUCCAUUCACUUCAGCUAGAUAAUAGAGAAAAAAACCCUGAUUAAGUGAGGAAAUGGUCUGCCUUGUUGGGGAUAUAGGAUGAUACAUUCAUCAGUCCAUAUGGGGGUCAGGCAGACACUCAAGAGCUUGUCAUAGCUGGAGGCUACGUAGUCUCUGCUACCCCUGGGGGAGUUGGUUUUGCAAUAGAAAGGGCUCUUUAAAUUUUUUUAAUAACAAUAAAAAAAGCUUUUGCCAUACUUUGGCAAAGACUCGUCUGACAAUCACUGGCCAAGAUCAUCCUCAGGUUAGUUUUUGUUUUUAAUUCUUUUUUUUUUAACCUAUCUACCCCAAAUCCUAAUUUUCCAGCUUAGUGCUAGGCCUGACUUUUAGAAGCGUUAUGAGUGGCACUGCUAAUUGGACUUGGUAGAUGGCCAUAAAGCUUAGCCAAUUCUUUAGAAAAAGUUACCAGCUUGUUUUUUUUUUUUUUU